GCGCCGCAGGACGCACCAACGAUCAGCUGAGCAGCGUUUCACAGUCAGAGGAAAACCCACGGAGCUGUUCCACCAGCCUCAGUCUCCUCUGUCCGGACACUUCAGCAGAGUUUCCUGCGGGCUCCGCUUCACUUUUUUUUUGUGCCAAACUUGGUGUGGGCCUGUCGUCGCUGCUUUCGUGAACGAGAUGUGGAAGAUGUUCGUUACGCAAAAAUGAACACAGACUGCACCAAGCCUUCUGUUGCUCCAAAGCCAAGAUUUGUUUGUCAUGCUUCUCCUCUCAUGUCUGCAGCCAGGGGUCCUAAACCUUCUAUAGCCCCAAAACCCAAAGUCACACCAGAGCUCAACGGGAGAGACGUGUUCUUCUUAGGCAACCAGGGAGGAUGCAUUAAUGGUGGAUUACAGAAGUCCACUGGUGAUGAAGAGAACGGAACACAGAACGGGUUAAAUACAGUGGAUGCAGAGAAAUCACCAUCAGAUGAUUGUAGCUCCUGUGUAUUUGAAUCACUGCAAGAAGAUUUACAAGUUGUCUCACAGGGGCCAAAGGAUGGAGAAGUAACAGUGGAUGAAAAAGAAGAAGAUAUGGUUCAGAAAAUGGACGAGGACUGGAGAUUAACUGACAGCAUCCUAACAGAGGAGGCAGACUCUCUGGAAACAUUGUGGGUCAGUGAUGCUGGACUCACAGCCGACUCCGAGGAUGCAGUGGAGAUGACGGACACCGACUUGAACGAGGAGAUGGACGCUGAUGGCUGUGAUGCAGGCGAAGCGCUGGCCGACACAGAUGGCCUCUCAGUGGGAGACAUUUCUGUGAAUAGUAUCGAUGAGGAGGCCAACUGCUGUUCUGCUGCGAAGAAGCCUGAGACAGAAAACCAAGGGAUGAAACAGAGGCAUGAAAAACUGCAAAUUAAAGAGGAGGAAACAGGUGACUGUACAGCGGAUGAUUUAACAGAGUCUCUGUCGGAUGAAUCUGGGCUCCUCAGCAGUGAAAACACAAAGGCUGAAGGGAGAGAGAGAAAACUGGAAGAAGACUCAACACGUGAUUGUGAAGUUAUACCAGUCAACUUAAAAAGCAGCCGUAAAAUAAAGGGAAAACAUGAACAGAACAUCAGUUUUUAUGAAUUAAGCCGUGAAGAUCAGAAACAGAUACCUGACAGACAUAUUGCCUUACAUGAGGUUCCAUCUCAUGAACCUUAUUAUUUCUCAUCAAAGGACAUUAUUAACAAAGAGCUGUUCUUAAAAAGUAGCAAAGAUCACAGACUGACAGAGAGUCCAGGAACAACACCAAAGCUCCUAUCCAGCAGUGGAGUACCAUCAUGCAAAUAUAAAAAGGUCACAGAUGAACAUUUGCAGUGUGGGAAAACUACAGUAAAUGAGCAGGCAGACUAUGUUUCGUCUGAGGUUUACGUGGAGAUCGGUAGCAGUGAUAAGUACAGCCGUGAUGGCACUGAUGAGAACAAGGUAAGAACAAGUCAGAACAGGACGUCUGGCAGACACGAGGAUCACAAAGUGCUCACAGCGGAGGCUUUGUUGAAUCAUCUGGACUCCCAGCCCAGAUUCAGGCUGGUGUCCAUCUCAGUGCCAACAGACACUGACACCUCGCUGACCUCCUCUCUGUCCGAGAGCCAGCUGCUUUCUCCAAGUGACUCGGACGUCUUCAGAGAUGAAGACGAUCUGGAGGGUCACAUCGUACCGUUUCUGGACGACACUACUGAUGUGGAGCAGGACUUCAGUGAUGAACAUGUCUAUGAAGAACCAGGUCAUCUUUCUGACAGUGAAAAUGUUUAUAAGAUGUGCUCCAGUUCAUCAUCACACCGCAUUAAUAAUAAUUUAACAGAUCUGGGAGUCCAGUUUGGUCAGUGGUCCAGCAGGAGUGGAUUUGGCCAAACUGGACCAGCAUUGAGCAGCAGCCCCAUGUUAAAGACAGCAUCCCGCCACACGAGCUACCCUAAACCCCACUAUCUGUCCUUAUACCCCUGCUCUCUGUCCAUGGAGGGACAGGAAAUGCCUUUGUGCGUUUACAGAGACGCAGACGGAUCUCCAAUGCAGAAAGGUGCUAUUUUUAAAACUGGAAGUUUCUCCCAGCGUUCACCUCUGUCGUCCAGUGGCUUGUCCACACCAACAUCUGUGGUGGAUAUCCCUCCUCCGUUUGAACUGGCUUACAUCACCAAAAAGCCCAUCACAAAGAGUUCCCCCUCGCUUCUCAUCGAGGGAGACUCAUCAGAGAAAAACAGGAAAAAGAAAUCCUCCAUAAAGCGCUUCCUGAUGCUUAAGUUUAGGAGGAAAACAGAAAGUAAGCCUGUGGUGGAUGUCAGCCCAUCGUCUCAGAACCCACCAGAACCCAGCUUACAUACACCCAGCAGACUGAUCAGUUUAGACAGACACAGCCUAACUAGUUCUCCACAGUUAAACUCACGCUCUGCCAUUAAACCUCCACUUUCAUCAGAGCCUGCCUUCUUGUUGUACAAGGAAAGCAAAAGAAAAGAGAACUCUGUGGCCUUUCUUAACCGCAGUGUUAUCCGAGUGGAGUCGUUUGAGGACCGUUCCCGUGUGCCUUUCACACCUCUUCCCCUCACCAAGCCUCGCUCCAUCUCCUUUCCCAACACUGAUACCUCUGACUAUGAGAAUGUUCCUGCCAUUAGCUCGGACUAUGAGAACCUCCAGGUCCCACAGCGGAGGCCUGUGCGACAGGUGCCAUUCACAGACUUUUUUGACCGUCCAAGUCGUGUGCUGUCGUCUGCCAAUGAGACAGAUGGUUAUGUGGACAUGAGCAGCCUCCCUGGGUUUGAGAGCAAAACUCAAUCACCUGAACAGGAACCAGAAAGUGCCUAUACAGAAGCCUACAAUGUGUGUGCAAUGGCUGCUCGUCCACUGACGGGCGGAUCAAUGGGUAACGUCGGGGCAGAGGACGACCAGGGACGCACAUCUGAAGAGGAGGACGGAGCACCAGAUGCCAACUAUGACCGACAGCCUGAUGGUCGAUCCAGAGCCUUUUACAUUGCAAAAGAGCUUGUGGAUGCAGAAAGACUACAUGUGAAAGCCCUCAAGCUCCUCCAGGAAGACUUUCGGGAGGCGGUGGGGACAGCGGUUGGCGAUGAAGGGGAACCUGUGUUGGAUGAUGAGAGGCUUCGAGAGAUUCUCAAUGAACUGCCUGAUGUUUACACCCUGCAUCGCAGAAUCCUCACUGAGCUGGAGAAUCGAAUCCGACACUGGGAUGAGAGUCAGAGGAUUGCAGAUAUAUUUUUGUCCAGGAAAGCAGAGUUCUUGGCCUUCACAACUUACAUUGGCCACUACGAUCGAAGUAUGAGUCUCCUGGAUGACAGCUGCCGAACUUCACCGGCCUUUGCAGCCAUAGUUCACCAGUUUGAGCAGCAGAGUCCUGCCGGGGAAAAGGUUUCCCUCAAACAUCAGCUCCUUCAGGUCAUUGUUCGUGUGGCUCAGUACCGGAUGGUCCUCACCGAUUACCUCAACAACCUCUCCCCUGACUCUAAGGAGUAUGAAGACACCCAAGCUGCUGUGACUAUAGUGUCUGAUAUUGCAGAUCAGGUCAAUGACAGCUUAAAACAUGGGGAGAACUUGUUGCGUCUGGUGAAUAUAGAGUACAGCGUCCGUGGGCAGCGGGACCUUCUGCAGCCUGGCAGGAUUUUUGUGAAGGAGGGCACACUGAUGAAGGUCAGCAGGAAAAGUCGUCAGCCUCGUCAUCUGUUUUUGAUGAACGAUAUGCUGCUCUACACCUAUCCUCAACAAGAUGGAAAAUACAGACUGAAAAACACUCUGUCACUCACUGGGCUGAAGGUCAGUAAACCCAUCCUGGACAAUGUCCAAAAUGCCCUGAAGAUUGAAGGAACAGACAUCACCAUCACUUUGUCUGCAAGUUCGUUCAUUGAAAGAGAAGACUGGUUUUACACUCUAAAUCACACAGUGACUGAACAUGCCAGAGGAUCUGCACCAUACAGCAGCCGCUCAGGAGAGGUCAGAGAUCGUUUGUGGUUGUCUUUGGGAGAGAAAGCGCCUACAUUUGUCCCAGUUUCCCAAGUGGUGAUGUGUAUGAACUGCACUGCAGAUUUCAGCCUCACGCUUCGCAGACACCACUGUCAUGGCUGUGGAAGAAUUGUUUGUCGGAGCUGCUCCAGAAACAGAUAUCCACUGAAAUAUAUGAAGGACCGCAUGGCCAAAGUGUGUGACCACUGUUACAAUGAACUAAAGAAAAGAGGUGGAGAUGUGUCUGCACAAAGUAGUCCCCGUCCGAACCGCUCCAGUCGUCCCCUUUCAGCUAUGUUCCAAAACAUCCACCCCCCCAACAUCUGGAGGCAUCGGAAAGGCACCCUCUCCUUCAACCAGGUGUCUGUAUCUGAGGAAGGAUCCAUCAGUGGAGCUCUGCAGCGAAGCAAGAGGAGCAAGAGGAACUGGAAAAGACUGUGGUUUCUUCUAAAAGACAAGGUGCUUUACACCUACCGAGCCCAAGAGGAGAAAGUGGCGUCAGAGAGUUUGCCUCUGUUGGGUUUCACAGUGAAGCUGCCUGACAGACAGCAGGGACUGGAGGAGGCCAAUGUCUUCCAGCUUUACCACAAGAACACUUUGUAUUACACAUUUAAAGCCGAGGACAACUACACAGCUCAGAGGUGGGCAAAUGCCAUGGAGGAAGCUACAGUUUUAUAGGAUCAUCUACUCUUUGUGGUUUGCCAAAAAUAGAGGUGUGCUGUGUUCCUCCUGCUAAAAGCCCCUGUCCCUAAAUCUGUGGAGCUAAAAAGGGAAGACGUGGAAUAAAUAUAUUUGACUAUGUCGGCACAUUGUACCUUCCCUGGUAAAACAGAGGAAACAAAGGCAUCAUGUUCUCUUGAAGGGGACACGAUCGCCUACUUUGUCGACCUCCAGUGUCCCCUGCACGCUGUUACAGCAGGUGUGACGCCGAGAGCCCAGAGAGGCGUUGGCCCAGAUACCUGCCGGAGUGGAACAUCACGCUGACGUGACCUGUAUUCUGCUCAGCAAAGACUGUGGAUUAUUUUUAUAGUUCCAAAGAGUAAGGUAUUUUAUGAUUAUAUCCACACGUCAUUGUGUCAAAUAUUUAAAAACAAAAAUUAUUUCACUAACAAAACAAACCAGUCUUUUUACUUUUAUAUGACCGGGGACUUACUUAUCCUACAAAUGACUAAAUCUGGAAUGAUCUGAUUUUAACUUCGAUGGUUAUGAUUAAUUUUUCAUGUGUUUUUCCACUGUGGAUUAAAUGCAUCUUCAUAACUAACACUUUGAAGCACAGGCUGUGUUAAAGAAUGAAUAAUUUGAUAUGUAUGGAAAUGUCUGUUGCUUUGCCAUGUACUGUAUCACUGUGGGUUUUCCUGCAGUGACUCGCUUCUAUGCUGUUUUGCACUGAUUUGAAAAGUGAACAAACCUUAAAAAAUAUGAGUGUUGCUUACAUUUUAUCCCCAUAUUCAUCUAUUAACUGACCAUAUAUAUGGUUUAUGGUUUACACAUUUACAAGUAUAAGGUAAAUGAUCUAGUUGUGUAAAGAGCCCACACAUUUACUGACUGAUCCAUCAUACACUGAUUUUUACUGAUCAACCUAAUCAGUGGAUUUUGUACUGUACUUGACUAUUAAAUUUAUUUCUUUUACUACUGUUUUAACACCAAGUAAAGGGGCUACAAUG